GACCUCAUCAGGAGGCGGAGCGUGGCGUCCCGGUAUUCUCCGAUUUGGUUCUCUCGGAAAAUGGCAACUCCAGGCCCUGCGACUCCGGAGACGCCCUUUGAACCAUCGCAGACCCCAGUCAUCGAGGGCUUUAAACCCACUGCCCACUACCAGAAAGAAGAAAGCUUCAAGGAGAAAUUCAUCCGCAAGACCCGUGAGAACCCAAUGGUGCCCAUAGGAUGCCUGGGCACCGUGGCCGCCCUCUGCUACGGCCUCUACUCCUUCCACCGGGGCCAGACCCGCCGCUCCCAGCUCAUGAUGCGCACCCGGAUCGCCGCCCAGGGCUUCACGAUCGUGGCCCUGUUGUUGGGUUUAGCCGCGUCCUCUAUGAAAUCUCGGGCCUGAACUCACGGCCGAGCUUUGAAAGCUCUGCGGAGGUGAUUCCAAAAUCCAGGAGCCAACCACUAGCCCUGACGAGACAUCAAGCAGCACUCUAUGUCGCCGUGGAAAGACGUGACCGAUUGUUGUAACCGAUAGAUUUCCCUCUCAGAAAUCCUAGGUUUGGUUUAGUUUGGGUGUGCCAAACUUGGAUUUGUGCCACAUCCCCUCUACUCCAUACUGAAUAAACUCUAAUCUGCAU